UGUUCGAAAUCGAAUCUGACGAGUCCGCCCCCCUCGGGAAAAUUGAACAAGUUUUCCACUUCGAAGAAAACUGUCUGUGCGGGGUCUAGUGGACUUUUUGUGUGACUUUAUCAACCGCUUCGGAAGUGAUUUUCACCUACUCAUCAUUACGAAUUCGCGGUAGCUACGUUUCGCAUAGAGUUCGGCAAAUGCGUCACUUGACGUAUCGCAAAGAGAUGGCAAAGUGAUUCCUGUCGAUCGCGAAAGGGAGGAAGUUGCGUGUGAAAAAGCGUAGAGUAGGUCGGAAAAGUGGGAAAAAGUCGUCGCCGUCUGGUGGUCGCCUGCUCGCUAGUGUUUCUCAUUCUCGCGAAGCGUAUGUGAUUCAUAUCGUAGCCCGGCAGGCUGUCGUCCUAGGAGGUGGCUGCCCGAGUCCGCGGAUCGCCUUGUGUGCUUGGUGCUCUUCGAGUUUUUCUUCGAUCUAAGAAGAAAAUCCAGAGCCAUGUUCUUAUCGGUACGCGAUGGGCACAAUCGCUUCAGUGCUACAGUGGACAUGUACGAAUUGUAAUCUCAUCAAUCCGACCGAAUGCCUCAAGUGCUUAAAAUGCGGUAAUGUGAGGAAAAUCCUGACGACGACCACAUCGCCCUCGCACUCAGCAGCGUCUGGCGACACAGGUGGCGGAACCAACGGAAGUGGCGGAGGAGACUCUUUGGAACCGGGACUUCGCAUCGAAGGUGACUCUGCAAAAUGCGAUAGUCUAUCGUCGGGAUCGGGAGCAGCGAGCAGACAACCGACUCUUCCAGGAUAUGUGGAAAUCAGCACGGAUGGAAAUGAAUCUCGUCGGGUCUACAAAACUUUAUUGAGAGGUUGUUUAAAGCGAACGCAUCGUCAGCAACCACAACUGCAACAUUUAGCGCCUCCACCGAACAUUCCGAGGAACGCUUUAUGCGAGGAUAGUAGCAUAAAUCGUUGUCGAAUUCCAGUUAAAUAUCCGAUAGUUUCGUGCCGAUAUUCGUCAAAUCCUAGUUUGAAUCGGUGGUGGAUUUGUCAAGUAUGUGAAUUAGAAAAUAAUUCGGUGACAUGGCAUUGUUUGAAUUGCGAUAGUGUAAGCUUUUUGGCGCCAAUAUAUAAGGGUACUUUGCUUCAAAAACCACAAAAGCAACCGCCGCAACAGGUGCAGCAACAGUCGGUGCAACAAACGCCACAACAGCCGCCACAGCAGAAAGCGCAAUCUGCAAUAAGUCGUGAACCGCAUCAACAGAAAUCAUUUGAAAGCAGUGAUAUCCAGGAAGAGCGAAAUGAGCGAAAGGUUAAAGCCCGACUACUGAGACGUACGCGUAGUCUUAGUAUGGAUUCAGGCUCGUCAUCGUGCCGGAAUAGUACAAUCGGUCGAUGUCACGUUUGUUUAGUUAAUUGUUACUCUUCGCCAACUGCAUCCGCCACGAAUUGCAAUCAUCAAAAGUUCCGAUUGCCUUCUAUUGAUACAGCUCCACCUUCGAACGCCUAUUUUGACUUUAGUGCGAAGGGUCCAGGCAGCUUAAUAACUCCCACUGGAUUUGCGGGUGGAAUCAUCAACUUUGGGGGCAAAAACAACAACACGACGAAUCUGAUCUACUCAUAUCAAAAGAUCAACAAGUCAUUAUCGAAUAUAUCCGAUCCAAUAUUCGGUGAGAAAAUUGUAAGUCGUGCGGAUAGGUGGCAAGUUUUAACACCUGAUGGUCGAUCUACAUCAUACCUCGCUACAGAUCAAUACGCGCAAUCUCAAAUACGUCACUACCGUCAAUAUUCUAGGCAAUCGUCGUUUCCAGAGACGACGUCGAAUAUAUUGCAACAACAGCAUUCAGACAAUAAUUGUGGACAACGCCAAUGCGAAAUAUGUGGCGUUUGUGCCCGUAAUACGGAUAAUAGCAAUUUUACAAUAACAACGCUGGCCAGAUCGUCGUCCAAUAAUACAGAUCAACAGAAUAAACUUAGCGCUACAUUGCCACGUAACGGCGGAAUUCUCGUAGCGGUGAAGGAUUGGUCAGGUGGCAAUUCACACAGCAAAAGUCCACACCUAUCAACUGACAACCUGUCUGCCGAGGGCGGUGACAACUACUACGAAGCGUUACGUAGAAACUGCUGCCAACCAAACAAUAUUAUGCCUAAUAUAAUACGCAACACUCCCCCAACUGCAACUACUCAUUUCUACGAAAACCAUACCCUGGCGCGAAACAAACGCCCCUCCCCAUUGCAGCCACCACAGUCGGAUCAACAGCAAAGCGUUUCCACUAAACCCCUUCAUUCAGAGCCUAUCUAUGCAGUUGUAAAUAAAUUAAACAAGGCAAAAAAUAAGGUGAAACCACAGCCGGAACCCAAGUACUUAUACAUUGGCAUGACUGGUAGUGGAGCUGCUGAUUCGAAAAUUAAUUCCGAUCCAAUUUACACUAGCCUAGGGCCACAUACAACAUCCACCACAACGUCUGUCAACACAGGGGGUGGAGCUAGUAAUAAUAACAAACUGCCAGUUAUUGAUAACAUGGGGAAUGCAAAGGCGACACUUAUAAGUGGACCGCGUAGUAGCAAUUCUACGGCUGUCGUUGGUGCAAAUGAAAUAACCGUGGACGAAAGUGGAGCGGAUAAUGAUAGCGCAUUGUACGCCAAAGUUUGGAAAGGACCAAGGAAACCGAUCGUUGAUCCGAAAACAUCUUCAACAUCAUCGCAACCACCAUUGCCUAAGCCAACAAGCGCUAACGAAACAAAUCCGUCAUCGUCGUCUUCGUCAUCAUCGGUGGCAUCGCCUCGUAUGUGGACAUGUACGAAGUGCUCAUACGCUUACAACCCCAUUUGGGUCGAAAAAUGUGAUAUAUGUGAUUCGGCGCGUAGUCAACCGUCGCUCACACAACCUAGUCUUAUAACAGUAACGAAAGUGGGUGAUACGAUCGCACCAUCAAUAGAGUCUCGUAAGGAAAUGAAAUGUGGUCUGAAAAUGGGCCAAUCGAAAUCAUCGCAUGCUUUCGAUGAGGUCCCAUCGGUUGUUGAAGUACCAAUGGCAACAUUUGAACAGGAUUUGGAAGAUGAUUUUCAAUUUUUAUCAAAUGACACUGAACGUUCUGCAGAUCAAGAAUGGACAUGUAAAAAGUGUACGCUUGUCAAUUCGUCGCUUUCUACAGUGUGCGUAGUGUGUGGUGGUUCGAAAUUGAAAAGUGUGUCUACAGUUGAAGAUAUGACUUUGCGUAAAGGGGAAUUCUGGUCUUGCACUCAGUGUACCCUGAAAAAUUCACUAUCUACAAACAUAUGUAUUGCUUGUAAAGCACAACGUCAAAUGCCUGUGAUAUCUGGGCAACAAACUCACUACCGCCCUUACACAUCUACGCCUAUAAGUGGCGGUAGCGGUGCAAAUAACAAACAUCAAACUGCAUUACAUAAUAGGCAAAUUUUAGCUACACUUACAAUGAACAAUAGUUCCCAACCGCAAUCUUCUACAACUCAGCAGCAAUAUAAUUCAGGGAAUCAGACAAACCUCGUUCCACCACAACACCGCGUUUCCAGAAGUCCAUCGCCAAAACAUGAUCGUUCAUCUGGUGCGAUUCCUAAACGACAUAGCACAGGUGGAGCCGUUGUAUCUCGAACAUCUUCUAAUCCAUCGUCGGGUACAACUGCUGCCGGAACUCCAUACACAAAUCGUCAUAGUAGUAGCGGAUCGACACCGACAUCUAUUAAAACUUGGCAAUGUCCUGCCUGUACAUAUGAGAAUUCAUCGGCUAGUGUAGUUUGUGAUAUUUGUUCUAGCCCGCGGGGAUUAGCCAGUGCUAUGUCAUCUAUAGAAAUUAGUAAUAGUUUAGCGCCUUCGAUUAGCGUUGAUUUAAGUCAGCAAGAGAGCAAAUUGAUGGAGAAUUUACGACAAAGCGAAGAGAGUGAGGCCCGUAGUAAAUGGGAUAAUAUAAUCCAAUAUUGCAAAGAAAAUAACGAACUUUUCGUGGACGAUUCUUUUCCACCUGCUCCGAGAAGUCUUUAUUAUAACCCAGGUGCUAACAACGAAGGGAACCCAGUGGUACAAUGGAGGCGUCCCCACGAAAUCAACUGCGACGGUGGUUCAUUUCCUCCUUGGGCAGUCUUCAGAACACCAUUGCCAUCGGAUAUUUGCCAAGGGGUUCUAGGAAAUUGUUGGCUUUUGAGUGCUUUAGCAGUUCUGGCAGAACGCGAAGAUCUUGUUCGUGAAGUACUAGUCACCAAAGAAAUUUGUCCUCAGGGCGCCUAUCAAGUAAGAUUGUGCAAAGACGGGAAGUGGACCACAGUUCUAGUAGAUGAUUUAUUACCAUGUGACAAACGUGGCCAUCUUGUAUACUCACAAGCGAAACGAAAACAGCUGUGGGUACCGUUGAUCGAGAAAGCAGUUGCCAAGAUACACGGAUGUUACGAAGCACUUGUGUCAGGACGGGCAAUAGAGGGCCUUGCAACUUUGACUGGAGCUCCAUGUGAAAGUAUACCAUUGCAACCGAGCUCCCUUCCUAUGCCUAGUGAAGACGAACUGGACAAAGACUUGAUCUGGGCACAAUUACUGAGUUCUCGUGGUGUGAAAUUUCUUAUGGGUGCCAGCUGUGGCGGAGGUAAUAUGAAAGUUGACGAAGACGAGUAUCAGCGCAUUGGGUUACGUCCUAGACACGCUUAUUCCGUCCUCGAUGUGAGAGACAUUCAAAAUCAUCGCCUACUGAAACUACGUAAUCCCUGGGGACAUUAUUCUUGGCGAGGCGAUUGGUCAGAUGAUUCUAAUCUAUGGACUGAAGAAUUACAGGAAAUUUUGAUGCCGCAUGGGGCUUCUGAGGGGGUGUUUUGGAUAUCGUUUGAGGAUGUUUUAAAAUAUUUCGAUUGUAUUGAUAUUUGCAAAGUUCGAUCUGGUUGGAAUGAAGUUAGACUCCAGGGCACCUUGCAACCGUUGUGUUCAUUAUCUUGCGUGUUAUUAACGGUACUGGAACCAACUGAAGCUGAGUUUACUCUAUUUCAAGAAGGUCAAAGGAAUUCCGAAAAAUCACAACGAUCUCAAUUGGAUCUUUGCGUGGUUAUAUUUCGAACACGAUCGCCGGCCAAUCCUGAAGUGGGUCGCUUGGUUGAGCAUAGUAAACGGCAGGUCCGAGGAUUCGUUGGAUGUCACAAAAUGCUUGAACCAGACAUUUAUCUACUAGUUUGUUUGGCAUUCAACCACUGGCAUACUGGUAUUGAAGACCCAUCACUUUAUCCGCAAUGUGUGCUUGCAAUACAUAGUUCGAAAAGACUUCUGGUUGAACAAAUUAAUCCACCGCCAUUUUUGCUUGCGGAUGCUAUAAUCAGUUUGACUUUAACGAAAGGGCAAAGACAUGAAGGCCGUGAAGGAAUGACGGCGUACUAUUUGACUAAGGGCUGGGCUGGCUUAGUAGUUAUGGUCGAAAAUCGUCAUGAAAACAAAUGGAUUCAUGUGAAAUGCGAUUGUCAAGAAAGUUACAACGUCGUAUCAACUAGAGGAGAAUUGAAGACUGUUGACUCUGUGCCUCCAUUGCAAAGGCAAGUUAUAAUAGUUUUGACACAAUUAGAAGGUAGCGGGGGUUUUAGUAUCGCCCACCGUUUAACACAUCGCUUAGCAAAUUCGCGUGGUCUUCACGAUUGGGGGCCGCCUGGCGCUACCCAUUGUCCUCCUAUAGAUAAUGUACACGGAUUACAUGCCCCACGUUUGAUUACAUGAUUGAAAAUAUACAUCGUUUUGGUCGAAUUGAUACAGCAGAUUAUAACAAUUUUAGUGCAUAUUUAAUAAAAUUAACAGCAAAACAGAAACAACCUCAAUAUGAAAAUCUUGCUAAAAGUUUUGAGACGCAAAACUUUAAUAAGCAAGAACAAGUCAACCAAAAAUAAGAAGAAUAGAUAUUUAUUCAUGUGCUCCUUUCACACUUUUACAACGUACAAUACAGCUUGCAUGGAGAUGCGAGUGAAAACUUUUGUGUGUCAUCUUUAAACUUCGAAUUCACAUUUUAAUGAAUUGUCAUACAAAGCCAUAUUUAAAAACGAAUACAACGCAUCGCUAGUAUUAUUUUUAUGUUUUAUUAUAAAGUUAACACUUUUAAUCUAAGCUCUUCAAAGUCGGCAGUCUAUAUUUGAUAGCAUUUUGCGUUAAGAUUUGUUGAGGCACCUUUGAUUGAAUAAGAUAUUAAGAAAAUUAAAUUUUCCAUUCGAGGUGUUUUUAUACUUGUUUGUUGUUAUUAGUUGGACAUUUAUACGUUUAAAAUAUAUUUUCUGGCAUAUUUUGUAAAAAAAAAGAUAAUUUGAAAUAGAUUUUGUCAAUAUCGUACUAUUUUGUUGCAUUUUUUUGAGUUCGCCAUCCCCAAAAAGUGAUAUUUUAAGGACCUAUUUAAUUUUCAUUUCAUCAACAUGAAACGCAUGACCAUUUCCCUAGAGAAAUUUUAAAUUACAGCAUUUUAACAGCAGGCCUAAGGAUUGCAAUGACACAAAACAAGAGGGAUUCGUGUAACUGGAGAAAACGACUCCUGCAACGGAAAUUUCCUUUUCAUUCGAUUGCGCGUAUCUUACUUUAAGGUUUAUAUAGAAAUGAUGAUUGAUGUUAAGGUACUGAGUAAGUGUAAUAAAAGCAAAAUAAUUAAAGGAAGUACUAAUUAAAAUAUAACGUAAAAAAUAAUGUGAUACAUUCGAAAAAAAAACAUUUUUAAAUUAGCAUUUGCAAGGAAACAAAGUGAAUGAAGUAAAAUUGCUAUUAUGGCUAAACGAACUAAACAACAUUGGAAAAUAUAAUUCAAUUAACGAAUAUCUAAGGAACAAAUUAUACGCCAGCAAAAGGAAUAAUUUCAUUUCGGUUAUUAUAAGGAUGAAUGAUAAGACAUAGGGGAAAAUAAUAUUAAAAAUCUUUCUUUUCUUUACAUAAUUAUACGCAAACUAAGAAAAGAAAAAAAACAAUAUUUGUUUGUGAUGGUCACUAGUUAAAUUAUACAAAAUAAAAUCAAGGAACGAUUAAAUCAUAGUAAA